AUGAUCAUUUCUGCGUUUGGAGUCUUUGGUGUGAAGUUCUUUGCGCGGCGGCGCCUGGCGGAGCGGCGGCGCCUGGCGGAGCGGCGGCGCCUGGCGGAGCGGCGGCGCCUGGCGGAGCGGCGGCGCCUGGCGGAGCGGCGGCGCCUGGCGGAGCGGCGGCGCCUGGCGGAGCGGCGGCGCCUGGCGGAGCGGCGGCGCCUGGCGGAGCGGCGGCGCCUGGCGGAGCGGCGGCGCCUGGCGGAGCGGCGUUUUUUCCGUCUGAGAAUUCUUUCUUGGUGGUUCCAGAAACUCGAUAAUCCGCUCAGGUUCAUGUGUCAACUUGGCCAGGUGAUAGUAUCCAGCUGUGAGAUCAAGCAAACACUGGCUUAA